AUGGGCGAUCGGCAAUGGACCAGCAUGCGGGCGCCGCGUCCCGCAGCGCCGGGAACCAUCCGCGAAGACGAGGAGGGCGUGCAGGACGCUGACGUGGCAUCGGAUAUCACAAAGCAGAAAGUAGCCGCUGCGAAGAACUAUAUCGAGCAGCACUAUAAGCAGCGCAUGCGCACGCUGCAAGAACGGAAAGAGAGGCGGCACGAGCUGGAGCGGCGGCUGGAGGAGGAGGGCGUGUCUAACGAGGAGCAGGAGGGCGCGCUGCGCGAGCUGGAGCAGCGCGAGGCGGAGAUCAUGCGCCUGCAGCGCCACAAGCUCGGCGUGGACGACUUCGACCUCCUCACCAUCAUCGGCCGCGGGGCCUUCGGCGAGGUGCGGCUGUGUCGGGAGAGGGCGACGGGGAACGUGUACGCGAUGAAGAAGCUCAAGAAGGCAGAGAUGCUUCGCCGCGGCCAGGUGGAGCACGUGAAAGCAGAGCGGAACCUUCUCGCGGAGGUGGGCAGCAAGUGCAUCGUGCAGCUCUACUGCUCGUUCCAGGACGAGGAGUUUCUGUACCUGGUGAUGGAGUACCUGCCGGGCGGCGACAUGAUGACGCUGCUCAUGCGCAAGGACACGCUCACUGAGGACGAGGCGAGGUUCUAUGUUGGCGAGACGGUGCUGGCCAUUGAGAGCAUCCACAAGCACAACUACGUGCACAGGGACAUCAAGCCUGACAACCUGCUUUUGGACCGGCACGGGCACAUGAAGCUCUCGGAUUUCGGCCUGUGCAAGCCGCUGGACUGCCGGCACCUGCCCACCAUCACAGAGAGCGAGGAGGACGCCAUGCAGGCCGGCAUGGCCGCGGGCGGCCCUGUGGGUCCCUCCCCUAGCGGGCGCACGCAGCAGGAGCAGCUGCAGCACUGGCAGCGCAACCGCCGCAGCCUGGCGUUUUCAACGGUGGGCACCCCGGACUACAUCGCACCGGAGGUGCUGCUCAAGAAGGGCUACGGGCUCGAAUGCGACUGGUGGUCGCUGGGAGCCAUCAUGUACGAGAUGCUGGUGGGGUAUCCGCCCUUCUACUCCGAUGACCCCAUGACCACCUGCAGAAAGAUUGUGAACUGGCGGACGCACCUCAAGUUCCCCGAGGAGGCGGUGCUGACGUGGGAGGCCAGGGACCUCAUCAGCCGCCUGCUGUGCGACGUGGACCACCGCCUCGGCACCAUCAGCGUCGACGAGAUCAAGAGCCACCCGUGGUUCGCAGGGUUGCCGUGGGAGCGGCUGUACAACAUGGAGGCGGCGUUCCAGCCCGAGGUGGUGGACGAGCUGGACACUCAGAACUUUGAGAAGUUCGAUGAGGUGGACGAGAUGCCAUCGGGCCAGGGACGAGCCGGCCCAUGGAGAAAGAUGCUGCCGUCCAAGGACAUCAACUUUGUGGGGUACACAUACCGCAACAUGGAGAUCACACAGGGGGCACACUCCGCAGAGCUGAAGAAGAAGAGCAAGCCCAAGCGGCCCUCAGCCAACGCCCUGUUCGGAGGUGAGGGAGUGUUUGGGGUGGGGAGGGCGGCGGGAGGGGUCGCUGUCAUGACCUUCAGCAGGCGCAUCCGUUUUACUGAGGUGGUGUCAGAUCCAUCUGGGAGACUUUUGGGAGUCACAGUGGAAGGGGGGGAGGAGCCGUUCAGGGGGUUGGUGUCGAUGUCACUGCUCGGCAAUCUGGAGGGGGCCCGCCACGUGGAAGUGCCGAGAAACUUGUCGGAUCACUGGUUCGCCAUCAAGAUUCGGUUGAAGUUCGUGUCGGAGCAUGCCUACGGGCCGGGGCUUUGGAGAUUUCACGCAACACGGAGGAAAAGGCAGGGGGUGCGGAAAGUUAUUCAGUCGAUUAAGGAGGCGCUAAGCCGGUCGGGUCGGGAGUCCCUGGAGAAUAUGAUAUCGAAGCUGACGGUCGGGUUGAGAGCGUAUGAGAAGGAAGAAAGGAAACGGGUGGCGGCGACGCAGCUGCACCUCACGGAGGAAGUUGAACGGAUGCGACAUCUAGUCAUGAGGGGGCCAUCGGAUGACAAGGCAAAGGCGCUGCUGCUGACCAGAGAAGAGCAGCUGGAGGCCUAUCGCGAGAAUGAGCCAGAGAGGUUGGAGGUUUUUGUGGGCCUGACAGCAGAACUGCAAGGGGAGAUCCCAUCUCCCUACCUGUCGGCCAAGGUCAAGAUGAGGAAAGAACGUACCUUGAUAGAGGAGGUGCGGUAUAAGGGGGAACUCUGUAGAGGAUCACAAGCGGUACUUAAGGCAGCGUCGGCACACUUCGCAGAAGCCUUCAUGGAGGCACCAGCGGGACCGCAAAUGACGCGCGAUGAUUUCAAGGUGGACCGGGUGUUGCCGGCGGAGGCGGUGUUAAGGCUUGGGGCCCCGUGCCUGGCGGAUGCGGUUGCGGUGGUGGCUGAUGCGAUAGAGGCAGCCGACAAUGACGGAGAUGAUUGGUACCUUCUGGUGGUUGAUUUUCAGAAGGCAUACGACACGGUGUCGAGACCUUUCCUCUUCAAAACCUUGGAGAAGCUCGGGUUGCCGGCGCUGUUUCCGCGCUGCGCAGAGAUCAAGAGGCGGGAUCUGGGAUUCAGGGCGGCGGGCGGUGAAGCGUUGUCAUACGUGGGGUACGCGGACGAUACUUCGCUGAUCCUCCAUGGCGAGGCGCAGCUGCACUCAGCGGCGGAAGCUCUGAACAGGUUCGGGGAGCUGUCGGGCCUGCGUAUCAAUAGAGUCAAGUCGAUAGUUAUGCCGAUGGGGAGGAAUAAGGGCAGAGCGUCGCAGCCAGCCGUUACUUUCAAGUGGGCGGAGACCGGAGUCCCGGAGCGGCUGCUCGGUGUUUGGCCGUCGAAUGCCUGGGAAGUGGAGAAGGAGCAGCUCUGUUUUAACAGGCGCAUCAUGUUCCGAGGAGAAAGCCCCUUCGGGAACCGGCAGGGGGCGGUUGGGAUCAGGACAGUAAAGAUCGGGGACCUGCUCAUCACCAGGGGGGACGGGGGCAAAGGCAUCAAGGAGGUUAGGGCUUUGACAGAAGAAUUCGGGAGUGUGGCGACUGCAAGAUGGGCCAAGAAAGCUUAUGAAGCAAUCCCAGCUGGGUGGAAGCUCAUGGUAGAGGCGCCAAGGUCAGCGGAGGCAGUGGUGGCAGCGGCAAGGGUAAUACGUACGGUGCUGACGCGCACGCAAGAGUUCCUUUACUGGACGGUGCGGGGAGUUAAAGAUGGGGAGGUGGCGACGGACCACUUGGACUGCUCAGACGGCCCGGUGAUCGGCGCGCUGCUGAGAUCGCUGCAUGUCACGGACCCGACGGAUCAGACGAGGUCGCUAGGCGACAUGCUAUUUCAGGAGGGGGCCACAAAGUCCGGCUUUCCGGGAGCAACCCUGACAGCGGUGACGAUGAGAAGGAUCUGGUUGGCCAAGGUGGAUGCGGUGUACCGGAAGGAGAGGUUCCAGAAAAGGAAGGUGGCACGGGCGGCUAUCUAUGACUUCAUGCGCCAUGCGAGGGUUUACAGGGCGGGGAAGCUGAGGAAGGCAGCAACGGGUAGCGUCAGGGGUCAGCCACGUGACCCAUGGGGCGGCCUGGCAAGCGAUGAGAAGGCGGUGGUUGCGAGGAUCUGUGAGGCGGGGGAGCAAGCCACGUGGAAGGCGGGUUUCCUAUCCAUAUGGCAAGACCCCAAGACUUUCCACCGACCACCGUAG